CAAUCGAAGCCCUCUUGCCUGCGUUGGCUGAGGCAGUCGAGGACUACCCAUAUGCCUCUCUCACUCUUCUCGCAGCAUCGGUGGGCCUGGUCACUAUGUCGUUCGUGGUGUUCGGGUCCCUGGUCGUUCCUUUCGGCCUCGCAUCGUCCGUUCCGUCCUUCGUGGCUCGUGGGAAUGUUCUGGAAAAGGUCAUGACCCUCUGCCUUUUGCUGCCAAACGUGGCCUUCAACUACUUCCUCAUAAACGUCGGUGAUCUCGACUAUCAUGGAGGUCCCGGCGCGCACUUCUACAACAUGGGCCGCGUGGGCCUGCACGGCACCAGCGUCUACCGCGUUCUGCACGCCAUGGGCGGCUCGUGCCUCGUCAGCGCUGUGCUAUGUUGGUACCUGAGCAACGUGUGGCCGCACAGCUACUCGUUCCCGGAGAAGUACUGGUUCUUCCUUCAGCCUUCGUAUUGGGGUCUCUGGCGACGCGUGGACAUCCCGGAGGAAGGCCUUAGUGAGAUCAAAGAGAACGCGGCGCUCUUCGAGCCUUUGCGCGAGCAGAAGCAGGCGCACCUCGUCAUCUACAAGCUGAGCAAGAUCAUUAAUCCGUUGUACCUGACGCAUUACAUCAUUAACAACGUCACGAUAAAAGCUUACAUGGACAGCAUCACAGUCAUACUGGGAAGAAACGGUUGCGGAAAGUCAGUGCUGAUCCGAAUGCUGGCAGGUGCGAUAAAGCCGUCGACGGGGACGGCGUUCUUUGAUGGCGCAGACAUGCGCACCAACGUCUGGAAAGUGCGGGCAAACAUCGGCUACUGCCCUCAGAACAGCACGCUCGUUCCAUUCCUUACGGUGGAGGAGAACAUGCUGUUUAUCGCACACUUGCGUGAUGCUCCGGACAUCGAAGACCUGAUACUGACGCUCCUGAUGCAGUUCCAGUUGAUCGACCAGAGGGAGAGCCUCGCGAGCAAGAUCACCUACGCCGAGCAGCGGCGGCUUCAAGUGGCCAUGGCUCUGCUGGAUAGCCCAGAGGCGAGUCUGCCAUGACCAAGUCACACUUGCAUGGCGUCAGUAAAAACGCCGGAUAAUUUAGCUUUGCAAACUGCUUAUCAUUUUGAUGAAAAAUAAAUGAUGCGCCGAG